CCUGGCAAGAUGGCGACGAAACGAACCUGAGUUGAAAGGUAAAACGAAAAAAACGGGGCGGAAAGUAUCUUGUUGAAAAACGUAUAUUUUGCAGUGAAACUGUUGGGGAAAAUAUAAACAAAUUAGUCUUCUUACUAAGGUGCGGCUGGUGCGAAAAGGGAAAAUAAUAGCAUUUACAGGUUAACAGCCUUAAUUAAUGUUUAGUAUAUAAAAGGAGAAAAAACGUAUAGCGAGACCACAAAAAUCAACAAAAUUUACGUUUAAGGGUACUUGCAGAAGCCGUACGGGCUUAUCAGUACUUCCAAGUUCACUCCCAACAAAGAUUAAAUCGCCCUUUAUAAACAAAAACUAUAACAAGAAUCAAAAAUGACGGAGUACAAAUUGGUAGUCGUGGGCGCCGGAGGUGUUGGCAAAUCUGCACUCACAAUCCAAUUGAUACAAAAUCAUUUCGUAGACGAAUACGAUCCUACGAUCGAAGAUUCCUACAGGAAGCAAGUGGUUAUCGAUGGCGAAACGUGUCUUUUGGAUAUUUUAGAUACCGCCGGCCAAGAAGAGUAUUCAGCUAUGCGUGACCAAUAUAUGCGCACUGGUGAGGGCUUCCUGCUCGUAUUUGCUGUAAACAGCGCGAAAUCUUUUGAAGAUAUAGGCACAUAUCGAGAGCAAAUAAAGCGCGUUAAAGAUGCCGAAGAGGUGCCAAUGGUGCUGGUGGGUAAUAAGUGCGAUUUGCAAGCAUGGGCGGUAAAUAUGAGCCAAGCCAGAGAGGUGGCUAAACAGUACGGCAUUCCAUUUGUUGAGACAUCUGCAAAGACAAGAAUGGGUGUAGAUGAUGCAUUUUACACAUUGGUACGUGAGAUUCGCAAGGACAAAGAGCAUAGAGGGAAAAAGGGUCGUAAACAUCACAAGCUACCCCAUCAUAAAUUCAAAUGCGAGUUACUAUAAAUGAUUCUUGUAUGAAGGCCUGAAAAGAUUAAGUAACCUACGCAUUCGGACAACCAGACUACAUUAUAAUAAACCAAACAACGACACAACGAAAAACAACCAUACAUACAUUCGAUCAGAAGUUAGCCUGUGAUGAGAAGGCUGUAAUAGAUGAGCCAGCAAAUACAUAAAUACAUACAAAUGUGACCACAGUGAGAACCGGAAAUUAACACAUAAAGUACAUAUUUUUUCAUUAAAAAAAAAUCAGCAUAAUACAUACUAUACGCACACGCAUAAAAGGCGCAAAAUUUUCACAAACGCACACACACAGACGAAUCAUAACGCACAUAGGAAACACACAAAAAAGAUUAAAAAAAUUCAAAUGCGAAUUGCAGAAAGAUGUGCAUACUCUGAAUAUAAUCAGAAAACAAAAAAGUGGUUUACUAAUUUCGUUUAAAACGAUGAAUUUAACAUAUUGCAUGUGGUUUAUUAAUAUCCUGAAAUUUUAAUAUAUGGCCAAAGCAAAAGAAUGGAAAAGAAAUUAUUAAGGUAUCGAAAGUCAAGACAUCUUCAAAGUAUAUGUAAAUGCACGUUUCUUUUUAAUACGUUUUAAUUAACUCUUUUAUAACUUUUGUGUGUGUUUGCAAAUUAAGUUUUAAUUUAACCUAGUAUGGUUCAAUACCUUUAUGCUUCACCUUAUGUGUAUUUUUGAAAGUUAAUUUUUAAUUUACACUAUUAUGAUUCAAUAUUUUUAUGCUACUUGGUAUUUCAAUUGUGUUCUACUCGUGCUGUCUCUUACUACAUUUAUACGUAAGCUAUUUGCAAAUAAAAAUAAUUUGCAUAUACCUGUUUGCACGACAGUGAAAAACUAUUAAUCAACGUUGCCUGAUUAUAAAAAGGGAAAAAUAUGACCAUCGAACAAGAAAAUAGACCUAAAAAUUGCAACGUCUUGCGCCAUAUUUGCAAAUAAUACUAUUAAUCUUAUAUUGAUUUGCGUUAGUUAUUUGCAUUUAAAUAAUUAACUCUGUUUAUUCGGAAAAAUUACAAUUUAUUUGCGAAUAAUCCCUGACUUCCAAAAUAUAAAAAUACAAAGCGUCAGAAUGUUUUAUUUCUUAAGCAUACCAGAUUAAAACGUCCAGCUAGUGAAACUUUACUAGUAACUAGAAUUCAGGCGUAAACAGCCGCACCUGCUGUGGUUGAGAAAAGGAAAAGACCAAGGCUUUGAAUUUUUACAUUUUGGAAUUCAGGUCAUGCAUGCGUAUAAACGUAGUACAUAUAUAUUUGAUAUAUGUAUAUAAUAUAGAUAUCUAUAUUGAUAGUAAGUUAAGAAAUUAUACUACCGCCUAUAAUUAUGCAAUGUUGCGUGCUAAAUAUUCGUAUCGCUUUAUGUAACGAGUACUUUUGUAAUUUUAAUUAAAACUUAUUGGGCAGGAGCGAUUGUUGGCAGAAUAUCUGCAACGAUAUAUGUAUAUGUGUCAAAAAUAAUUUUUUGAUGUCAAAACACCCUAAUCAGCCCAUUUCUGUAAAAUCUCAAGUUAUAACUUGCCCCAUAUUUAACAUUCUUUGUUGCGUCUUUUGUGAAUACGUGACUGCUAUUUUUUUAUCAAUGUUAAUUGAAACUCAUAAAAAACCUAUGACAAUUUGUUAAAAUAAACUCAUUUAAAACUACGAUAAUGAUGAAAGCUACGACAAACUAAAAUGC